CUGUGUGACUCUCAUCUCCCGUUAUCCCACUCCAAACACGCACAGAGCUGCGAAACACCGAGGAGAGACGGUCUUCCCGUGGUUUGCGUGUCUGUAAAUACCCAGAAACGCGUUUUGGUUUGUUUCGGGUAAAACACUUUUUGAUGAAGUAGAGUCAAACGGUCCGGGACAAACACACGUGUGUGCGCUCGAGAAGAGACGCGCUCCCGGCGAAGUUUAAAGACUGAAAAUCGCCGCGCUGCCGCUGCUGUGGAUUAAUCGGGAAUACAAAUCACUGCGAGUUUGCGGGAGACAAAACGUCGCGAUUAUUCAUCCGAAUCCAGAGACUGUAACGCUUUGAAUGCAGACUGACUUCACAGGCAUGUGCUAUGCCACUGGAUAACCAAAGGGACUGCAGCCUCCUGAACCUUGCAUGUCUGACAAAUGUGUUUUUGCAGUGCAUGGGAUGGCCCUCAUCAUCACCCUGCUUCAGUCCCUCCUCCUAGCCAUUCUGGGAGCCCCAAGGGUCUAUAGCAGUUAUCCUCGCUUCUCAUCCAAUGAGACGGUCUUCCAACACCUUGCCUUGCACCCUGACCCCAGCAUAGGGACGGUCUACGUGGGGGCACGAGAUCAUCUGUUCCAGCUCUCCGGUCUCGAUGGCCUCCGUCUUGAAGUGGAUGAGAGAACGGGGCCGGUCAGAGAUAGUAAAUACUGCCUGCCUCCGGUGACGCAGGAGAAUUGUCCUCAGGCUGGACUUGUGAACAACCACAACAAACUGCUGCUGGUGGAUCCAUACUCCUUCCAGCUCAUCACCUGUGGUAGUGUGCAUCAGGGCACCUGCCAAAAACGCAGUCUCGAAAAUGUGAACAAGGUUCUUUUCUCUACCGAGAGACCUGUUGACACUCAGUACGUAGCGGCUAACGACCCGACCGUUUCAACAGUUGGACUUGUAGUGCGGCCGCAUGACAAAGAUCCAGUUUUGUAUGUGGGUCGAGGCUACACCAGCAGUCACCCGCCGGUCUCCACUCGACAACUUUUAACAGAGCCUGUGUUUUCCUACGAGGAAACCGCCAAACUCGCUGUCGCCGGCCGGCUCUCGGAAUACGAUCACAAUUUCGUUGCUACAUUUGCGCGACGCAACCAUGUCUACUUCUUGUUCUUUAGGCGUGACCUGAAAGCUACAAGGGAAUAUCAUACGUACGUGGCACGGGUGUGUCUUGACGACCAGGCGUAUUACUCCUACGUCGAAGUUCCGCUGACGUGCCGCUCGGGUGCGACGGGAAAGAACUACAAUCUCCUCCAGGGGGCACAAGUGGGUGAUAAGGAUAACGUAGCCUCGCAAGUUUUAUUGGGAGUCUUCUCGACUGCGGUUAGUGGUGCUAGUGGACCAAGUGAGGAUUCGGCGUUGUGCUUGUACAAUUUGGAUGAGGUGGACCAUCGUAUUGAUGAGACUCGAGAUCUGUGCUACACGCAGGAUGGGGAGAAAAGGGGCAACAAGGUGGCAUACAUCGAAUACGAAGUUAAAUCCAGCUGUGCCAACCUGCCAACGAACACCCUGAAUGCUUACCCUUGCGGCUCAGAUCACACCCCCAGUCCAAUGGCGAGCCGGGAGCCGGUUGAAGCUGAAGCGGUAUUGUACAACCCGUCAACCCGUCUUACCUCUGUGGCCGUCAGUGUGAAGGAGCGGCACAGCAUUGUCUUCCUGGGUGACUCCAAAGGCAAUUUACAUAAGGUGUUCGUGGGCGCGUCAGGACAGGUCAGGAGAUACUCCACCGUUCUCAUUCAAGCGGGUACGGCCAUCAACAGCGACUUACUUUUGGAUUCCUCACAUAAACAUCUCUACAUCAUGACCAGCAACUCUGUGGAGAAGAGGCCUGUGGCGGAGUGUGAAAAGCACACAGAUUGCACUUCCUGUCUGGAUGCCAAGGACCCGUACUGUGGUUGGUGUGUCCUUGAUGGACGGUGUGGGAUGCGGUCAGACUGUAAGUUGGGCUCGGUGGAAGGUCAUUGGCUGUGGAGUUUCGAUGAACAGCAUCAGUGUUUAAGAGUGGAGUCACUGAGUCAAUAUAACGCCAGCCUGGGAGAACAGAAACAGAUUGCUGUGGAUGUACCAGGUUUGCCAAGCCUGUCAGAGGGUGACAUGUACUCCUGUUUUUUUGAAGACACUGAAACAGCUGCUUCUCUCCAGGGGACCACAGUUACCUGUGCCACACCUGAGGCCCACAAACUCCCUCCUGUACCACAGGGUGAUGAUUGUGUGCGUGUCAGACUGUCCCUGCGCUUCCGGAGAGUCACUGUAGCCGUCUCAGACUUCACCUUCUAUGAUUGUUCUGUGGUCCAGCAGCUCUCUGGCAGUCUGCCGUGUAGUGGUUGUGUAAGCAGCCGCUGGCAGUGUAAUUGGUGCAUCCAUCUGCACAUCUGCACUCACAGAUCCAUAUGUGACCGUGGCCUGAUCAUCUACAACCAAUAUUUUACAUUCCCCACAUCUGCGCCGCAAACUAUUAAAGACGUUGACACGAACACGUUUACCACCGCGACACCCUCUACGACAACCCUCCCCACCACCGAGGUUGCCAUAACAACCGAAGCCGUUGACACGACUACUCCUUCCAUGACCGCUCCCACUACUCUGGAGCCGACCGUUGCCCCCACCACACCUCUGGAAACCACAACUCCGAUCGACAACCACCUCACGACCCACAACCACGCAACAACUGCCUCUUCGAACCAAUCCGCUACCACCACAGAGUCGAGCGAUACGACCACAGACCCCCCGACUCCCUCGCAAAACGUCACUGAGAUCGAGGAGAGAGUGCAGGUAGGUCUGCUGACGUCGACUCUGACCCCUCCAUCACAAGGGUUUACGGUUGAUUCGUUCCAUGAGGAGGCUGCCGAAUUCACACUGCCUACGUUGAGACCCGGGGAAGUAGUUACUAUGGGGGCAAUGGGUGAAGUUAUGCCCUCUUCGUCUUCUGAGGUGGUGACGCUCUCGCAGGCGGAGCUGGAUAUAGAUGCACUCAUAGACACGGGCGUCUCGGUGUCGUCUGCUAGCGCCCCCUCUGGUGACGGUGAGGCAGGCCUUGAUUCCUCCGAUUUCCCCCUUGCUCCGGACAUGGAUUACCAGUCCGACUCGGCAGAUCAUAUUCUUCUGGGAAAAGAGAGUUUGCCAGUAAGUGUAGGUUCUCACGCCUGCCCGUGUGUGGAGAGCGUCCAGGGCAGUUCCCUGCUUCCUGUCAACGUCGAGAGGAAGAUCACUUUAGCCGGCCGUAACCUGCACCUCUACGAGGACAAAGAUCUGGAUUACCAGUGUGUGUUGGUGAUCGAGGGCCAGUCAGUGGUGGUGGACGCAUUCGUGGAAGUUGAUGAAACUCAAGCAUCCCUCUUCUUCAUCACCUGCCAGCUACACAAGUACUCCUACUCCACUGAAGUGGAUGAAUACAGGUCCACCAUCUCAGUUAGGAGGAGAGACUCUUAUCAGAUUGACUACCCAGAAGAUCUCAAUGUGCGGCUUUAUAACUGCUCUGUGGGUCGAUCGGACUGCAGUCGAUGUCACACGGCCGAUCAGCAGUACGGGUGCGUGUGGUGUGAGGGCUCUCGCUCCAGCUGCGUCUACAAGAGCUCCUGUUCAGACCAAGUCCAGCACACCUGUCCUGCUCCUUACAUACACACGAUUAUGCCUCUUUCGGGUCCGGUGGAGGGCGGCACAGUGGUCACAGUCUCUGGAUCAAAUCUGGGUCAGAGAGCAGAGGACAUCCAGCACUCUGUGACUGUAGCAGGAGUCCCGUGCACAGUCAUACCCGACAGAUACGAGGUCUCCUCAAGAAUAAUCUGUGAGACCACGGCGAGUGGAGGGGAGAGAAGCGGCCACAUCUCGGUGGAGGUUAAAGGCGGAGGAAUCGGGCAGUCUGCCCAGCGCUUCAGUUACCAGGACCCGGUGUUAUUGGGCGUGUCUCCUCUCAAAGGCCCAAUGUCGGGCGGCACAUCACUCACAAUCACAGGACAAAACCUUCAAACGGGCCAUCCCAGCGAGAUCAGCGUCCUGAUUGGAGGAGUCCCAUGUCACAUUUCCUCUGAGCAGCACAACGAUCAUGUUGAAUGUGUGACCGGAGCGAAUAACAGGACCCUAGAAAGCGCCGUCACAGUGUGGUUUGGUAAAGCACAGCGCCAUCUACAGGAAGUCAUGUAUCAUUACACACCGGACCCCAAUGUGACCAAUGCUGUUCCUUCUAAAAGCUUCCUCAGUGGCGGUCGUAUCAUUCGAGUGUCCGGCCAGCAUCUGGAUGUGGUACAGGAGCCUCGUAUCCGCGUGACCCUGACCCCUAUAGAGCCCAUGUCUCAGAAAAAGAAGAGAAGAAGCACCCGAUACGCUCCUCUUAAAAGGAAACGACGUAUCGUCCCGGAACCAGACUGCCGUGAAGAUAGCCUCUGUGUUGUCAAACAGGUUGAAGAGCGGUGCACGGUUAACAGUUCUAGCCUAAUCCUGUGUCCCACUCCGGAGGUGGGGUCCGAGGCCCUGCGCGCCGCUGUUAGCGUCCAUUUCCUCUUGGAUAACCUCCAUUUUGAAUUUGAGGCGGUCAACGGCGGGCCCUUCAGUUAUGAGCCGAACCCUGUUCUUCACAACCUCAAUCAACUUGACACCAGCAAACCCUUCAGACAGAAACCUGGCAGCAUCAUUUCAGUGGAGGGGGAGAACUUGGACCUGGCCAUGUCUAAGGAAGAGGUAGUCGCUCUUAUCGGGGAUGGAGAAUGCGCCGUGAAGACUUUAACCAGGAAUCACUUGUACUGUGAGCCUCCAGCACUGCAGCCACCAGUGACGGCUUCUAAAAAACGAGACACGAAUGACGCGCUCCCAGAAUUCACUGUGAGGAUGGGCAAUCUGAACUUCUCUCUGGGUCGGCUGCAGUAUGAUUCUCAGGGUCAGGCCACUUUCCCUCUGGAGGCUCAGGUGGGAGUCGGGGUGGGAGCCUCUAUCGUGGCUCUCAUUGUGCUGGUUAUCGUCCUCAUAUACCGGAGGAAAAGCAAACAGGCGCUACGGGACUAUAAGAAAGUUCAGAUCCAGCUGGAGAAUUUGGAGACGAGUGUCCGAGACCGCUGUAAAAAGGAAUUCACAGAUCUCAUGACGGAGAUGAUGGAUGUAUCCAGCGAUCUGAUGGGAUCUGGAAUUCCGUUUCUGGACUAUCGUAGAUACUCCGAGAGGAUCUUUUUCCCCGGUCACAGAGAUUCACCGCUGAGGAGGGAUCUUGAUGUUCCGACUUGUCGCCGGGCCACCGUGGAGCAAGGCCUGGUUCAGCUCUCCAACCUUCUCAACAGCAAACUGUUCCUCACCAAGUUCAUUCACACUCUGGAAGCCCAGCGGACCUUCUCUCCGAGGGACAGGGCGUACGUGGCCUCCCUCUUGACGGUGGCGCUACACGGCAAGCUGGAAUACUUCACAGACAUCUUAAAAACUUUACUGAGUCACCUGGUGGAGCAGUACACCACUAAAAACCCCAAACUCAUGCUGCGCAGGACCGAGUCUGUGGUGGAGAAGCUGUUGACUAACUGGAUGUCGAUUUGCCUGUACUCUUUCCUCAGGGACACGGCAGGCGAGUCGUUCUACAUGCUGUUCAGAGCCAUAAAGCAUCAGGUGGAUAAAGGGCCUGUGGACGCCGUUACAGGCAAAGCUAAAUACACGCUGAACGACAACAGACUCCUGCGAGAAGACAUAGAGUACCGCACGCUGACUCUGAAUGUUCUGCUGAGCAGCGGAGGCACCACUGAGACUCAACCGGUCCCCACCAAAGUUUUGGAUUGUGACACCAUCACUCAGGUGAAGGAGAAGAUCCUGGAACAGACGUGCAAGGGGACGACAUAUUCCCAAAGACCCGCUCCAGACUCUGUUCAUCUGGAAUGGAGAGCAGGAAUGGCCGGUCACCUGAUACUGUCGGAUCAAGAUUUGACAUCGGUGACUCAGGGGUCUUGGAAACGUCUCAACACUUUACAGCACUACAAGGUUCCUGAUGGUGCCACAGUGACGCUGGUGUCCAGACAGUCCAAGCAAAUCCACCACGACAGCCAUGACUACAUACCAGGAGAGAAGACUCCAAUGUUGGACGAUGGAGAUGAUGAAGGAGUCAAACAGUGGCACCUGGUGAAGGCCAACGAGGAGUCAGAUUUACCCAAACACAGACGGGGCAGUAUGAGAGAUAAAGACCGUGAGCGAGCCAAGGCUAUACCUGAGAUCUACCUCACGCGACUGCUGUCUGUGAAGGGUACACUGCAGAAGUUUGUGGAUGAUUUGUUCACUGUGAUUUUGAGCACCAGUCGACCGGUUCCUCUGGCUGUCAAAUACUUCUUCGAUUUGUUGGAUGACCAGGCCGCACAGCACAACAUUACAGACCCAGAGACUAUUCACAUAUGGAAAACAAACAGCUUGCCGCUGCGAUUCUGGAUCAAUAUUUUGAAGAACCCUCCGUUCAUUUUUGACGUUCACGCCUCUGAUAAUGUCGACGCUGUGCUGUCAGUCAUCGCUCAGACCUUCAUGGAUUCCUGCACAAUCGCCGACCACAAGCUGGGCAGGGAUUCCCCAAUCAAUAAGCUUUUGUAUGCUCGUGAUAUCCCACGCUACAAACAAAUGGUGGAAAGAUAUUAUUCAGAUAUAAGACAAACCAUCCCCGUCAGUGACCAAGAGAUGAAUUCGGCUCUAGCUGAACUGUCCAGGAACUACUCAAGUGAAGUGAAUCAUCUGGUGGCAUUGCAUGAGUUAUACAAGUAUAUCAACAAAUACUAUGAUCAGAUCAUCACAGCAUUAGAGGAGGACUCCACAGCUCAGAAGAUGCAGCUGGGAUACAGACUCCAACAGAUCGCCGCAGCUGUUGAGAAUAAAGUCACUGACCUUUGACCUGUGACCCUAGACGAACACUUUAAAAGACUGGAAGAGAGACGAAGCCAAUGAGAGAGCAGAGACACUGCCCGGAGCGAUGAACUCUCACUUCCUGCACUUCAGAGCGCUGAAGGAUCCUGAGAAGAACACAGAGACACAUCUUAGACGCUAAAGACACAGCAUUCGUAGAUCUGUCGUAGAUGUCGCACAUACGUACACUGUUGCUGGUCUGUAGAGUUGUUUCUCUUCGCUCAUUGGCUCAUUGCAUUCACGAAACGUUCCAGGUUCGCCACAGACGUCUCCUGUUCCUCUCGGUGGGAUGCUUCCAGUGUGUAAAGAAGCGUCUGAUAUGCUUUUCCCACGUGCAUUUUGCUCAAAAUGUUGCUAUUCUUGGGUUCGAAAAAAACAGGUCUUACACAGACGAACUGCGAAACUGCCGGCUGGUGCAUUGCCACACCCAAUGUCUUAAUAAUAAGAGCUUAUAAUAAUGAAGGUUGGACUGUAAAGGACGUCUGAAUUGACAAUAUUUUCCUCUUUUAAAAACUGCUCUGAAUUGUGACUGGUGGAUGCAUUGUUUUUAUCCAGAACAUUUUUGUUUUGUUUUGUUUUGUUUGUGAGAAACACUGGUUUAAGGGACCUCACCCUUACAGAGCCUUAUGCGCUGCUGUCAUAUGGCAUAGAUAACAGUGUUAUAUACAUUAACAUGCAUGGAUACUCACAGAGGAAGCGGUUGGCACAUGCAUGUGGCACGUGUUAACCUGUUUUUAAGUCACGUUUUAUUGCAGAUUAUGUAAAUGGGAGGUUAACCCGAUUAACACACUUGAUUUAGGUAAAUAGGUUGCCAUGUAACGUGCACCGGAUGUACAUUUUACAUAGUCUUUAACGGUUGAUUUCUUCAGUGUUAAUGUGUGCUGUUCUGCUGUUUCGUUGGCUUACAUCCGUAAAAAAGGUUUACCUGGCUGUUUUAUUGGGUACAGACAUCAACGGUACAUCUCUGCACACGACUGAAGUUGUUUUUUAAUGUGCGAUCAUGAUCAUCUUUUCAUUAAUUUUUUUUUAAUUUUCUUUUGUUUUUUUAUUUCAACUUUAUUGUGCUUUAUGCAUCAUGACUAACAUAUUUUGGAGAUUUGAUUAUUAGGUACAGAUUAAGUUCAACUACCAAAUGCAUACAUGGUCACGAUCAAGUAAAUUCUUCUUUUAUUGCCUUUUACACAAAUGGUUAUUGUCUGGAAAUGUACAAUACUUAUAGGAUAAAACAGAUCACAGGAUCCUGUUUUAGUGAGCACAAACCGUUCCCGUUUAAAGGGAUACUUCACCCGUAAAUGAAAAUUCUGUUAUUAUUACUCACCCUCAGAUUGUUUCAAACAUGUAUAAAUGUCUUUGUUCUGCUAAACACAAUUGAAGAUAUUUGGAAGAAUGUCAUUCCCCGUUACCUGCCAUAGUAGGGAAAAUACAUAUUAUGGGAGUCAACUGAAAUUCUUCCAAAUAUCUUCCUUUGGGUUCAGUAGAACAAAUAAAUGUAGACGGGUUGGGAACAAUCUGAGGGUGUGUAAAUGAUCGAUUUUUCAUUUUCGGGCGAACUAUCCCUUUAAGAUGGUUGCUUUAUUUUGAAAGAUGUUUGAUAGCAGGUGUCUUUCUGGUCCAAGUCUGAUAUUUAUCAAGUUUAUACACUGCAAAUUAGCUCCCAGCUACCAAAACACAACGACUGUCAUUGGAGUCACAUGUUUUGUUCAGCAGUUUUUGCAUUUAUGAUCAUACAGCGGUUUUAUUUUUAGUGAUCUAUUAUAAUCUAUCUGUGUUUUAACGUUUCGUGAACACUGAGUUUUGUUACAGACCCGUGUAACCUAAACGCAGCUGCUGCCAGACCUGUUACACUGAGCAUUGCUUACACGUUUGAUUUCUAUAUAUUUAUUUAUUUAAUUUAUGCUCAAUUGGCUGCUGACGGCAGAUUGAUGUACAGACCAAAUUCUAAACCCCCUCCAAAUUAAAAAUUCGUUUUAUUUUCUGCAUUUUUUGUGCUAGAAGUUUGGUUCGAUCUGGGAUUCGUGCGGAUGUCGUUUUUUUGCUGGAGUUCACUGUUGUGCUGGCUGUUUUGUUCGUAUGAUACACAACUGAUGAUUUUGUCUUGCACGGGACAUGCCUGCUGUUUGAAGCUAUAUUGUACAUUGUUUUAUCUCUAACUUGCUCUUUUUAGCCGUUCAUUUCCACACAUUUCUGUAAAUAAAAUGUGCCGUCAUAAAUGUUUCUUAAACACUAAGACUGCGGCAAAUGUCGAUUUGUAUCAGCUGUUCUGUAAGAAACUGUUCAACAGAAUGGUUAAAUCUGUGCAUUAAAGGGAUAGAUGACUUAAAAA